AACACAUUCACAGAGCAGGACAGAGACAGCUUCAAUAUCUUUCUGAAGUGGAGUUGGUGUGGAGAUCUGUGAGAGUGAACGCAGGAUGAAGAUCCUCCUCAUCUUCACCCUCUGUCUGAUCUCAGAUGGAGGAGCCUCAAAGCAAGUAACAGGAUAUUCAGGAGGAGGAGUCCUUAUCAAGUGCAAGUAUGAUACAGAAUAUAGACAAAAUACAAAAUAUUUCUGUAAGGUUUCAGGACCUGGCCGUUCUUACCAAAUCAAGACAGAAGCUAAAAACCAGUGGGUAAAUUCAGGAAGAUUCUCACUGUAUGAUGACACCAAAUCAGCAGAGGUCUGGGUGAUGAUCAGAGAGCUCACUGUACAGGACUUUGGGACGUACAAGUGUGGAGUUGAUGUACUGUGGGGGACAAGUAUGUACACACAAGUGGAACUGAAGGUGAAGAAAGGAGCCAGGGUCCCUAGACACGUGACUGCAUAUGCAGGGACGAGAAGCAACAUCAAGUGCAGAUAUGAAAAUCAAUACAAAAACAAACCUAAAUCUUUCUACAAGAUUGAGACAGAUCAGUGGCGUUUUAAUCAAAUAAGAACAAAACUGAACAGUGAAUGGUCACAUGAUGGCAGAUUCUCAAUUCAUGACAACAGACGUGCAGGAUUCUUCAGUGUGUUUAUCAGAGAGCUGAUUACGGAGGACACUGGAUCAUACGCGUGUGCUGUCACUGUGUCGGAUGAAGCAGAGAUCUACACUGUAGUGAAGCUGAAUGUAACAGAAGGUUUGUCCUAUGAGAAGUCCAUCACUGAGACUGUCUAUGUACAAAAAGAUUUGACAGUAAACUGUAAUUACCCAGAAUCCCACAGGGACGACAAUAAGUUUCUCUGCAAAAGGAUUGCAACUGCUACUUGUUCUUAUACUCUGACUGUUAAAGAAAAUGGAAGGAAUGUACAAAAGGGACCUUUCUCCCUGUAUGAUGACAGAGAAAAACACAUCGUCACUGUGAGCCUCAGAAAAGUGACUGAACAGGACUCUGGAGAAUACUGGUGUGGAGCUGAAGUAAACUGGAAAUCUGAUCACGGCUACAAGGUUUAUUUCAAACGGAUCAACCUGGAAGUAACUGGAUUUCCAACUUUCACUGUCAUCACUGUGUCUGUGGUUCUGCUGCUGCUUCUGAUUGGAAUGAUGUUCCUCAUUGUGACUCUACAUAAGAGAUGCAAAGCACAAGACCCAAAAACAAUGACACAAACCUCCAGAGAGGCAAAUGGAGAUCAAGAAAAUAACCCAAAUGUGUUUCCUCUCCAAUCAGCACAAAAUGCCAAUCUACCAGAGUCUGUCUAUCAGAGACUGGACCCCAAAACCAACCAAUCAGAUUCAGUCUACCAAAGUCUGAACCCCACUAGCAACCAAUCAGAUUCAGUGUAUGGAAAUGUGAACUUCAACACCAACUGAUCAGAUUCAGUCUGCGAUAUAUCGACCAGUUGGACACAGUCAAAGUCACUAAUCCCCUUUUAACCAAUUCUAUUGAUGUUGCCAGUAUCGUUAUUAAACAAGCUAAUAAGAUUCUUUUUUAGAUGUAUUUUAGGAUUUAAUUAUAUAUAAAAAUCUUUCAGGUCUGUUUUGCAUCUCAAUUGGCUCCCUAUCUCCCUGGUGAAUCAGUAUAUCAUGUACAGAAGUUGGGAGACUCUGGGACUUUGAUACAACAGAGUGAGGAUCCAUUCGCAGAGUUUAAUAAUAAUUAUCGGAAAAAUUUAAUCCAAAACAGCAUGGUCAAAGAACAGGCAAGCAGACAUUAACAAACAGGCAGUCAGACUGGGAAAACGAAUCCAAACUGAGAUCAAGAAAUCAACGGAAAACAAAGCUCUGGAAUGGAAAUCAAACACGAGAAUGCAAGGAAACACAGCUCAGUAUGUUUAGGCUAAACUAACAAUACAUUGGUGUGAACAUUGGUGAGCACACUGUUUAAAUGUCUUUCAAAUCCAGAAGGGCCCUUGACCCGGAUGCGGCUCAGUAUGGUGAUUGGAGGGGGAGUGUUGCAGGACACAAUGUUACAGAGCCUCCUGGUGUUCUACGAUGAGGCAGGCCACAGGGUCUAGGUGCAGGUCUGUCAGGAUGGAUUUGGUGAAAUUCAGUGAUGAGUGUGGGGUCUAGUAUGUCAUGGGCAUUUAACCAAAAAUGUUCCUCUGGGCCAUAUCAAUCCCAAUGCACAAGGUACUUGAGGCUGCCUUGGUGGCGUCAGGAGUCCAGGAGUGAGCUCACAAAGUAAGCUGGGGCUCCCUCAAUCUCCAGUGGGGGACAGGGUUCAGUUACAGCUGGUUUCCUGUGGUCGUGGGCAGGUUUAAGAAGUGGCACAUGAAAUGUUGGGGAGAUACAGGAGACUGGGAGCUGUAGGCGGUAAGACACAGGGUUGACUUGUCUUAGAACAGGGGUGUCCAAUCUUAUCCACAAAGGGCCGGUGUGGGUGCAGGUUUUCAUUCCAACCAAGCAGAUGCCUCAUCUGAGCCUAUUUAAAGCCGGGAUCAAAUGAUUAAACAGGUGGAAUCAGGUGUGGCUACUCCUUGGUUGGAAUGAAAACCAGCAGUGACACUGGCCUUUUGUGGAUAAGAUUGGACACCCCUACCCUAGAACAUUAAAAGCUCCUAUGAAGUGGGGACUAAGAGCUUAUGGCACGGGAGCUUGAGUUUCAGGUUUUUCAUGGAAAGCCAUACCAUGUGGCCAACUUGGAACUGGGGGUGAGGGUGUCGUCUACGGUUGGCCUAUAUGCGUUGCUGAUGGGUUGUUCUCUGGCUCUCCCAUAUGACUUGGUUCUUGUGCAUCCAGUCACCAACUGCUGGGAUCUCAGAGGGUUCCCCUGACCAAGGAAGUAGGGGUGGUUGAUACCCCAGCACACACUGGAAUGGGGUUUGCCCAGUGGAGAAGUGUGUGAGGGAGUUCUGUGCAUAUUUAGCCCAAGGGAGGAACUUACUCCAGCGUGUUUGUUCCCUGCAACAAUAUGAUUGCAAAUAUCUGCCCAGCUCCUGAUUCAACCAUUCUGCCUGCCCAUUAGAUUGGGGGUUGGUAAUUGGAAGUGAGGCUAAUGUUGAUGCCUAGUUGUUCACAGAAGGCCCUCCAGACUAUUGAUGUAAAUUGGGUUCCCCGAACUGAGACAGUGUACUCUGGGAGGCUGUAGGAAUGACAAACAUGGUUGAACAGGAGCAUGGUAGUUUCCAUUGCAUUUGGCAGACACUUGAGGGUGAUGAGGUGCAGGCUUUAGAACACAGGACCACUAAAACGGUGGUAUAGCCAUUGGGUAAGGAUAGCGCACGGUGAAAGUAUUGCACCCGCAAUAGUCAAUGCAGAGCUGUAGGCCUCCAGCUGCUAGGGCUUCCUCUAUGUAUGCCGCCAUAGCUUGGCUUUCAAACAUUGAGAGAGGAUGAAUUUGAAGCAGUUUACCCUUGAUACCCGAUGACGCCUCAGAUAGGCACGGGCUCCCCAUGACCCAAGUAUCAGCUAAGCGGUACAGACAGUAAAAUGAAAAAAAAUAUUUCAUUGAUCAUUUCUCACUGUUUAUUAUUUCCUACUUUAAUCAUUUAAUCAUUAUCAAGUGCUCUAUUGAGGCAUCUGCUUCUUAAUUUUUUUAAACUUUGGAAUAAGUAAUCUUAGGCAAUCAUUUUUACUGAUUUACUAUUACUGCUUUUUUACAUGUGUAAUUUCAUGAUUAUACAAACAAUUAAACUUUAUUUCUGUGGCACAUUUAAAACAACUACCGUUGACCAAAGUCCUUUCCAGGAAACAUUAAAACAACAGGAAUAAUGAAACCAGUCACAAAUGUCAAUAUAAACCUAAGCACUCUAGUCAGUUUUAAAGGCCACACUGAAAAGAUAAGACUUCAAACUCGACUUAAAAGCAUCCAGAGAAGGAGCAGACUUAAUGUGCAUAGGAAGAGGAUUCCAUAAGUGUGGAGCAGCCACUGAAAAAGCCCCAUCACCCUUUGAUCUUAACCUUGUUUUAGGAACAUGAAGAAUCAUCUGACUAGAUGAUCUUGUGUUUCUUGAAUUUUGAUAGGGUAUUAACAGGUUAGCAAUACAUUUUGGUGCAGUAACAUUGAGUGCUUUAAAAACCAUUAACAAAACCUUAAACUUAAUUCAAAAUUUGACGGGCAACCAGUGUAACGUAAUAAGAACUGGGGUAAUACUCUCACUUUUCUUUGUAUGAGUCAGGAGUCUAGAUGCAGAAUUCUGCACUAAUCGAAGAGGAGAUAAUUGACGCUGCGAUAAACCAAAAUAUAAUGAAUUGCAGUAAUCAAUGCCUGAAGAUAUAAAAGCAUGGGUGACAGUCUCCAGGUCUUUAAAAGAGAGAAUUGGUUUAAGUUUAGAGAUAAUCUGAAGUUGAUAAAAAAGCCUUAACACCACUGGUGACCUGUUUAUCUGGAACCAUUAUUAUUAUUAUUAUUUUGUAAAUUAGCUUUGUUUCACCAUGUCUUCUUGAUAUGAUCUAUGUCCAGAUAUUGUGUGCUUUGAUCUGAUCCAGUUUUGUGUGUUCCUGAUUUUACUGUUGUUGUUUUGCUUAGUUUCACCAUUGUUUCUGUUUCUCUGUUUCUGUAUCUAUCUAUCUAUCUAUCUAUCUAUCUGUCUGUCUGUCUGUCUGUCUAGUAGACACAGGUGCAAUAGUGUUUCUGGUUCAUAUUAACAAAAUACACAUUUGUUAUUUAUUUCAAUUUAACACCUUCUGAUAUAAAACAAUCUGCCAGAUAAUGUACUUCUUAAUCAGUUCUGAAAGUUAGCUCUUUGUUAUAAAGUAUUUGUGAGAUCGACUCGACAUGCUUUCCCAAUACACAUAUUCCAUAUAAAUAUUCCAAAAUGUGUCACUAUGGGGGGGGGGUAUUUUUUCUAUCAAUAGAUCUAAAAUUGAAUGUUUUUAAAUUUGUUUUCUCUUUGUUAUAUUUGUUAAUCUUCACCUUUUGAAAGGAAAUGAUAUAAAAAAAAAACUUCCUUUUUUGCAUCCCCAAACUCCCUGUGACAAAUCAAAACUCA